AUGGAAAAAAAAGAAUAUCUCGUUGGAGUAACCAUAAUAGAGGGAAGGAAUUUAAUGGGUAAAGAUGCAGCAGGUACAUCUGAUCCAUUCGUUAAGAUAACUUGUGCAAAUUUACCUCCUCAAGUUACCAUGAGAAAAUACAAUGCUAAUACGGUUGUGUGGAAUCAAUCAUUCACAUUUUCUGAGCUUUUCUUGAAUUAAUAUGAACUUGAAACUUUUGAAUUAAUAAUUGAGGUAUAUGAUUACAAUGCUUUGAUGACAAAUGAACUCAUUGGGUUUCAUUCAAUUGGUCUAUCUACACUUUAUAGAAACCUAAAUCAUGAGUUCUACAAAAUCUGGGUCACACUAUUCAACCCUGAGAUGCCUAAUGAAAUUUAGGGUUACCUCCAAGUUUCAUGUUUUAUUGUAGGCUAAAAUGAAAGGCCCCCAGCUCAUGCUCAAGAUUAAAACGUUAUGGAAGAUGAAGAAGAAGUAGAUGAAGAGGCAUUAGCUGGACUCUCAGAGGAGUAGAAAAUUCAAUUGAUGAAGAAAAAAGCAGGUAUAUUUGUACUAAUGGAGCCAUCUAUGGCUUGA